GGCUCGGGCGGUGCCGGCUCCCGCGCAGGCUGCGUUCCGGGCUCUGGGCCGCCUGUCCCGCCCUCAGCCGCCGCCGCCGCCGCCGCCGCCGCCGCAGCCACAGCCUCCCCUGCCCGGCGCCAUGGCCGCUGCGGCCGGGGACGGCGCGGUGAAGCCGCUGCAGUGUGCCAUGAAGCUGGCCAACGGGGCCAUCGAGCUGGAUACCGGCAACCGGCCCCGGGAGGCAUAUACGGAAUACCUGAGGAGCAUCCACUAUAUCUCCCAGGUGCUGUUGGAAGAAGUGGAGACCACCAAAGAAGGUGGGGAAACUGUGGCCCCGGACACCUCGAAGAUGCUGAGGCUGGCCGAGCAGUGUCUGGAGAGGGCCCAGUCAACGGCUGCCAAGCUCGGGAAAACGCACCUGAAGCCAGCCAUGCCCACGGCUGCUCCUGUCCCCUCACCGACCAGCCGACAUCGCCGGGUGUACUCAGAUGAAGGGGGGAAACUCUCUCCCUUUCUGCCGCCCGAGAUCUUCCAGAAGCUUCAAGUGGUAGAGUCACAAAGUUCUAAGAAGGAGCUGACGCCCCUGCAGGAAGCCUCUCUGCAGAACCAGAAGCUGAAGGCCGCCUACGAGGCCCGGAUGGCCCGUCUGGACCCCAGCCAGGCCCUGCAGAAGACCUCCCUGACCCUGUCCCUGCAGCGGCAGGUGAUGGAGAACCUUGUGAUCGCCAAAGCCCGGGAGGAGACCCUGCAGAGGAAGAGGGAGGAGCGGCGGCUGCGGCUCCAGGAGGCAGCCGACAGGAGGUUCUGCAGUCAGGUGGCCCUGACCCCGGAGGAGCGGGAGCAGCGGGCCCUCUAUGCCGCCAUCCUCGAGUACGAGCAAGACCACGACUGGCCGAAGCACUGGAGAGCCCAGCUCAAGAAGAGCCCGGGGGACCUGUCGCUGGUGACCAGCCUGGUCUCCCACCUGCUCAGCGUUCCCGACCACCCCAUCUCGCAGCUCCUGAAGAAGCUCCAGUGUGCGGUGUACCGGGCGCUGUACCCCGUCGUGAGCAGGGGCGCCGCGGGCGCCGCUUCCGCCCCCGGCUGCUGCGCCUUGUCCCCAGACGCCGACGGGCUGCGGGCUCCCGGGAGCCGGCGGCUCCGGCCCUCGCAGAGCCUCUACUGCGUGCUCUCCCCCGCGGAGCCGGGCCCCGCCCCUCGGCCCCCGGACGGCACCCACGGCAGCCCCCCCACGCCCCCGCCGCACGCCGGCCCCCCCGAGGGAGGGGCGGACGGCGGCCCCGCCGGGCCUGCCUCCCCGCUGGCACACACCCCGCCGGGCGUGCAGAGCAGACACAGCUCCUUCGAAGACCUCGAACACUUCUUGGCCGCUUCUGAGGGGUGGGGCCGGGGGCGUGGGAGGCCGCCUGAGCCCCAGGCCUCGGGGGUGAAGACGGAGCCGUUGUCCGAGCAGCUGAAGAGUACCGUCAAGGACAUACACAACGCCAUCGACAGGCUGCUUUCGCUGACUCUCCUGGCUUUCGAAGGCCUGAAUGCGGCCGCCUCCAAGGACCGAUGCCUGGCCUGCAUCGAGGAGCCUUUCUUCUCCCCACUGUGGCCCUUGCUGCUGGCACUCUACAGGAGCGUGCACCGCCUCCGGGAGGCCGCCCUGAGCAGGAGCAUGGAGCUCUACAGGAACGCGCCCCCAACGGCCAUAGGCGUUCCCACGAAGCUCCUGCCCCGGGGCCUGGAGGCCACAGGAGCCGGUGCCUUCCCCUACUGUGCUGCAGCCCAGGAGCUGGGGUUGCUGGUUCUGGAGAGCUGCCCCCAGAAGAAGCUGGAGUGCAUCGGACGGAAGCGGUGUGAGAGCAGUAUCUUCGGGCGGGAGCUUCCCAGUUCUGCCAGCUCCACUCGUGCCGGGAGGGGCCGGUGCCAGGGGGUUGUUCUGGGACUGGCUCCCCUCGGCCCUCUCCUGAAGCCUCGCUUUUGGGCCACAGUGCGGGUCCUGCGGGUUAUCUGUGCCUGUGCCGAGGGUUACUGCCGGGCCCAGGAGGCUGCGUCUGAGGCCAGACCCCAGCUUGGUGCCGCAGCCAUAGACUGCCACCCGUGGGCCCCUUGGGCCCGGGUGUUGUGCGUCCUGCAGGGCCUCCCUUGGCACCUUUUCAGCUCCCUUAGAUGCCUCUUCCGGAGGAUCGCCGCGCCUGGCUCCGAUCCCAGCGGUGCUGACGACCUGCUGCCCAUCUUGUCCUUCGUGGUGCUGAGAAGCGGUCUCCCCCAGCUGGUGUCAGAAUGCGCAGCCCUGGAGGAGUUCAUCCAUGAGGGGUACCUGAUCGGAGAGGAGGGUUACUGCCUGACGUCACUACAGAGCGCCCUGAGCUACGUGGAGCUGCUGCCCCGGGGUGCCCUGGGCAAGUAGAGAAGGACAGGACCUGCGGAGGACCACCAGAAGUCACCUGCUCUGGGUGGGGGGGCGGCAGCAGGCCGGCUGUGGCGGGGCUCUGCAGCUCUCACUCGUGCCCUGACCGGACGUCUGCCCCAGGGCUUGAGGAGGCCCCUGUGCUCUUCAGAGGCUAGAUCUGAGCUGAAUCAGCUCCUGGGAGCCAGGCCCUUCUCUUUCCUCAGCCUGACUUUGUGCAGGGAAACCAGAGCUGUGGACUCCCCUGGGGCCUGUACACCCUCACAGACCCAGCCACUCAAGGGUAGGGAGGGAGCCGUAGGCCUGGCAGAGGGCAGGUCUGCUUUCUCUCCCUUCCCAUCUCCUGUGACAGCCAGCUUCCGGUGCCAGUUUCUUGGUGGGGUCAAGGAGAGAGCCGUCCCCAUCCCCUGCCUCCAAGGCCUGGAGCCCAGGUGGUCUGAAGCUAUACUGUUUACUUACGGGGCAUUGAGCACUCCCCUCUCCUCUGUAGCCCAGGCCUCCCCAGGGUGCCCACCCGCGUCUGGGGCCUCUGAGCUGUGCCCUCCCUCGGCAGUAGGCAUUGGACAUCCUGGGGCCUCUGGCUGAUUCCCGCCCCGCACAUCCCUUUCUGGGUCAGCGUGAAGCCGAGGGUCAGCGCCUGCCUGCAGCGCAGCGCCCGCUCUGUUACACGCCCCGGGCAGCCACUGACACGGCCAGAAAUAAAGAGGUCACUGAUGUCUC